AUGAGAUUAGAUUGGUGGCUGCACUUCUUGGUGCUUUUGGUAGCAUCUGUAGCUGAUAAUAAUGAAACAAUUACAGAAACAGAAACAGAAUCUAAACUGGAAGAAAAGAUAUCUAGCAAACCAUACUCACCAAAACUUGUUUCUUUGGAUGUUCCAAUCGAUUAUAAAUUCCAAGAGAAGCUAGAUCUAACACCAUUGCCAAAUAACUUCUUGCUGGCAAGCUUUCAAUUUUGGAUGGAAUCUGAGAAGUUUGGUAUCGAGAAAGACGGCAAAGAUGGCGAUGAGUAUUCUCACCACACGAUCUUCCCUAAAGCAAUUGGUCCUCUAAUGUCUCAAACUAAUACUCGACAAUUGCAUCUGAGAUUUACCCAUGGGUUGUGGGACUCUGAGGAAUGGGGACAAUUACCUCAUAGUGGAAGCAAAUCUGGAGGUAACGGUGUCGAAUUAUGGGCCAUUGUAGAGGCAGCUGAUAAUGAAGAGGCGUUCCAGUCCUGGAUCACUUUGGCAAAUUCUUUGGGUGGUUUGUUUUGUGCUUCUAUCAACUUUGUUGACUCGUCGAAGACAACUUUCCCAGUAUCGUCGUUUUUGCCCAAAGAAGAUGAGGAUAUUCCCGUAUUCAAUUCUUCCAAUCGCUUAUACUUGAUGAGAGCAGCGUUGGCCAAUGAACCUAUAUGUACAGAAAACCUCACACCAUUUGUGAAACUUUUGCCAACUAGAGGAAAGUCUGGAAUUUCCUCGUUAUUGGAUGGGCAUAAGAUAUUUGAUUCUAACUGGCAUAGCAUGUCGAUUGACGUGGAGACUGUUUGCAAUGAGCAUGAUAAUAUGUGCUCAUUGCGUAUGGAGGAAUUUAUUGAAACUGUUGUGAAUGUGCCAAACAGUCUUGCCAGAGCUGAAAGACCUAUUCCAAAACCUCUUCCUGGGGACGAACUUCGUUGUGAUAUGAGUAAGCCUUAUGACGCAUUCCAAUGUUUCCCGCUGCCUCAGAGUAAAGAGGUCAGCUAUACCCUUUCGAAGCUGUUUGGGAAAAAGAUCCGCGGUGGAAGCUUACUAGCCCAUACAGAGUCCAGAAUAUGUGCUCAUGUCACAUCUGAAUGGAAUGCUUUGAUCCAGGUGGGCGAAAGCUAUUAUGCAACUGAUGAUAACUGCUUUGACUUGAAGAAUACUGAACCUCAUGAUAUACAUCUUGAAACAACGAAUUCAGGGGAUAUUGUUCCAUUAAAAGACGCUCCAAUCUAUAUCUCUAGGGCGUUGACUGGGUACGCUCAGGAUAGAGGUGGUCUAAGAUCUGUGUUUAGUAAUCCAUCAAACGAAAGUGUGGAAUUGGUUUACUUUGAAUCGUUACCAUGGUUCAUGAGAAUUUACCUAUCAUCUUUAACAUUGGAGAGUGACAAUUCUGAAUUAACUCUUGGCGAUAUUGUAAAAUCUACGUUCUAUUCUCCAGCAAAAGACCGCGAAAGACCAACCCAUUUGGAAAGAACAAUGGUAAUUCCACCAAACACAACAUUUGCCAUCUCAUACCAAUUUGACAAGUCACUCUUGAAGUAUGCAGAAUAUCCUCCAGAUGCAAAUCACGGCUUCGAAAUAGAAGCUGCUGUGGCCACCGUUCUGAAACCAGAAAAUUAUCAAAUGAGAACAUCAUCGUUAUUACUCUACCUUUCCACACCAGAUUUCAGUAUGCCAUAUAAUGUUAUUAUAUUGACUUCCACGGUAAUGGGACUUGCAUUUGGUACUUUGUUCAAUCUCUUAUCGAAGCAACUGCUAACAGUAGAGGAAGCAGAUAAGAUCCUAGCCAACUCUGGCAUCAAAGUUAAGCUGGCAAAGGUACGAGCAAGAGUUCUGGAUGUGCUAAAAAAGAAGACCAGCAAGCCAAAAGAGAAUAAGAUCUCAUAA